GUACGACUCUACGUCGAACUCGCGAUAUAUCGCUCUCGGCUUCGGGCUGAACUUCUCUCGACCUAACCAUGACGAACGCCACGAAAGAAUCGCAGAAGGCGAGAAGGGUUUCUCUUGGGGUCGGCGGUGCCAUGGUGGAGCUGUCGCAGGAUCCUGAACGGGGUAGCUGGGCUAACCCCGUCGAGUUUGUUCUAUCCUGCAUCGGGUAUGCCGUUGGCAUUGGCAAUGUUUGGCGUUUCCCUUACCUUGUAUAUCGUAACGGCGGUGGCGCCUUUUUAGUACCGUUUAUCAUAAUGUUGAUUACAAUGGGAUUGCCAAUAUUUUUUCUGGAACUUGCGAUCGGGCAAUAUUCCGGUCUCGGACCGAACGAAGCGUUCACGCGAAUGGCUCCGGCGUUUCAGGGCCUCGGUUAUUCCACCCUAGUCGUGAUUAUGCUGGUGAUGAUCUACUACAUGGUAAUCGUGGCGUGGAGUCUCUUUUAUACGUUCGCCUCGUUCUUCCCGAAACUCCUCUGGGCCUAUUGCGAUAACGACUUCAACACGAAUAAUUGUUAUAGCGGACUGCAACAAAUAGAGUGCCAAAAGGAUGACAAGAUUUUUUUCAAUAAAUCCUGCAUGUCCAUCGAGACGGUCUGUCGUAGUUUCAAAUAUUACAACGGCGGGAACGGUACCAGUUGCUUCAAUGGCAGCCAAGUGAAACCGAUCCAACAACUUUACAGACGAGUGUUGUCUUCCGAGGAAUACUUUAACGACUACGUUCUGGGCUUGCGCGGAGCCACGUGGGAAAAUUUCGGAGGCAUAAGAUGGGAAUUGUUAGGAUGUCUCACCCUCGCCUGGGUAAUCUGCUUCCUGUGUCUGAUGCGCGGUGUCCAGUCCAUCGGGAAGGUCGUCUACUUCACCGCUCUUUUCCCUUAUGUCAUGCUUACGGCGCUACUGAUACGAGGUGUCACGCUGGUUGGCGCCGGUAAAGGUUCUGCUUGGUUCAUCAAGCCCAAUUGGUCAACGUUGGGAGACGCCAAGGUCUGGGCGGAUGCUGCCUCCCAAGUUUUCUAUUCACUCGGAAUCGGUUGCGGAUCUCUAAUCACUCUCUCGAGUUACAGCAACUUCAGCAACAAUUGUCACAGAGAUGCGAUCUUUGUCACGAUCACGAACUUGCUCACCUCGAUUUUCGCGGGUUUCGUGAUAUUCUCAAUCCUGGGAUUCCUCGCCCACGAGAUGCAGAUGGAGAUCCACGAAGUGGUCCAAAGCGGCGCGGGAUUGGCUUUUAUCGCGUACCCGGAAGCCGUGGCGCGGAUGCUUUGGCCAAACGUCUGGGCGGUCCUCUUCUUUAUCAUGUUGUUCAUCCUUGGCCUUGGUAGCCAAUUCGCAGGCGUGCAGGCGAUAAACACCGCCAUAUUGGACCUGCGACCAGAUUUACGAAAACACGAGAGCUACGUGGUGUUGGGCAUAUGCGUCACUUGCUGGCUCCUCGCUAUACCGAUGGUGUUCGACGGCGGUAUUUACCUGUUCACGCUGAUGGACUGGAACACCGCUUCUUGGGCGAUACUAUUGAUCGGCGUCGCCGAGGUUGGCGUGGCAAGCUGGUGUUACGGCUGCAACAAAUUCCUGCGUAACAUUGCUGAAAUGCAAAUGCGGUUCGGCUGUUUACUCCACAACUAUUGGUGGUUCAGCUGGGUCGUGCUCGCGCCUAUCACUUGUCUGGGGGUGUUCGUGUAUCAAAUAUGUACGUAUCAGUUGGGUUAUUAUGGCACGUACAUAUUCCCUGACUGGGCGAACGCGAUUGGAAUACUGAUCGGGCUGUCGACUCUCGCCCCGAUGCCAUUCUUUUUCAUCCGACGGCUGUGGAAAGGACCGAGGGAUUGGAGUUUGUUUCGACCCGCGAAGACGUGGGGACCAGCCGAGAAAAAAGGUACGGAUAACGACACCCCAUCCACGGUGUCCGUCAGGAUGGCGGAAACGUCUGGGGACCAAACGAGCACAGUGAACGUUUCAUAA